GGUUUGAAUAAAGCGCUCACUUUAUGGACACAAACUGUGAGCCAAUGAAACGUCGCUUUCAUUGCAUUUAAAACACAUGUUGUCUGAAAGUGUGAGACAUGUGUUGACACGACUUGUGUUUUGAUUGCAAACCAUUUAAAUAUUGUCUGAUAUUUGUUGACAAUUAAAAGCAAUUAAAAUAAAUGCUUUAAAAAUGGUUAACAAACGGAUCAGUAAUAAAUUGCCCACAAAUUUACCACAACUGCAGAACUGUAUCAAACGGGACGCCAAUGGAUACAAGGAUGAGUUCGCACAACAACACGACCACUACAGAGCGCUUCUUCAAGUAUUUCAAUUCAACCCUUCGGCGGACGACAAGGACUUCCAGGAAUUGGUUAUGUUUUUAUCGCAAAUCAGUCAUUGCUUUCCCAAAGAAUUGUCUGAUUUUCCCAAUGAAUUGAUGAAUACAUUGAAACUCUUCUCAACAAAUCUUAAUCCAGACGUCCGUUUGACAUUAUGUCCGCGAAAUUAUGAUAACGCUUUGUUUAGCGAAUAUUCAGGUAGCCUAAACAACAGAAACAAAAAACUUAAUGAAGCAACAUUACUAUUCUUAAAUUCUGUUAAAGAAUUCUGUUAUAGGCUCAUUAAAAAUGUCAAUUCAAAGCACAAGAAUUCUAAGAUAAAUACUGUUUUGCAAAACUUCAUGUUUUCAAUGUUAAGAGAUAGCAAUAAAAUCGCGGCUAAAAUAUCGUUAGAAAUAAUGAUUGAAUUGUAUAACAAGAAUGUGUGGAAAGACGCGAAGACUGUGAAUGUGAUCGGAAGCGCCUGUUUCUCGAAGAUUACUAAAAUAUUAGUGGCAUCGCUGACAUUCUUCCUCGGCAAGGAUGAAGACCAUCCUAGGCUAAGCCUGUUGUCACUAAGUCUGCUGCUGUUGCUUGGGUUAUCUCCAACGCUACCGAUUAUCUCAAAAUCGAAAAAGGGCUCUAAAAACGUUUCAUUCGACUUCUCGGCCAUUCAUCUCUUACACGAUCCGCAAUCGAUGGCCGAAAAACUCUUUAAAUCAUUGCAAACAUUUAACGAACGCUUCGAAGUGAAGCUUAUGGUUAUGAAUCUAAUCUCGCGUUUGGUUGGCAUUCAUGAGUUGAUUCUUUUGAAUUUUUAUCCAUUCCUUCAACGCUUCCUUCAACCACAUCAGCGAGAAGUGACCAAAAUAUUGCAAUACACGGCUCAGGCCUCUCACGAGUUAGUGCCUCCCGAUGUGAUGGAACCCAUUCUCAAGCAAAUCGCUAAUAACUUUGUAACCGAACGUAAUUCCGGCGAAGUUAUGGCCGUUGGCCUCAACUCUAUCAGAGAACUGUGUGCGCGCUGUCCGCUCGUUAUGAGUGAAGAUCUGCUCCAAGAUUUAGCCGAAUAUAAGACUUAUCGAAAUAAGAACGUAUCGAUGGCUUCGAAGUCAUUGAUUCAGUUGUUUAGACUUAAAAAUCCACAUUUUCUUAAGAAAAAGGACAGAUCCAAACCCACAGAAGCCAACGCACAGCUCAAAGCCAAACAAUACGGAGAAAUAGUGUCCAACGAUUUUAUUGACGGCGCGGAAGCGCUCAAUGAAUCCGUUGAUAGCGAUAACAAUGAGAGCGACGAAGAAAUGGAUGGAGAAGAAGACGGUGAGGGUUGGGUUGAUGUGAGCCAUUCAGAAGGCGAGGGCAAUGACAGCGACGGAUGGAUUGAUAUCAAGCAUUCAGACGACGACGAAGAGGCGGAUGAGUCGAAGAGUGUCGCCAAUAGUUCAACAGUUGAUUCCAAAGAGAGGGCAACACUCAUAUCGUCGUCACGUAUUCUAACGCAGGAAGAGUUCCGAAAAGUGAAAGCCAUUCAACUGUCAAAACAGAUCUCUGCGGCGAAACCGAGAAAAUUCAACAAAAAUGCUAAAAAUACUGUCGAAUCGGAAAACAUCGGUCAAGUGUUGGAACAGAAGCCUAUUUCUCAGCGCAAAUCUCUGACAAGCGCUCCCUGCCCUCCCCUCCCUCUUCAAACCGCGAACAAGAAGGAGAACCUCAAGAAUAAGGCCUUUUCGAUGGUUAAGCAUAAGAUCAAGAUUAAGAAGAAGCGCUCGUUUAAGGAAAAACAGGUCACUUUACGCAACCGUUUACUCAAGAAAUGCAAA